AUGCGGGAGGCCCUGAAGACGGCGGCGCUGGUUCUGGCGGUGGCGCAGGCGGGGACCAGCAUCCACGGAGACCCCACCAUGUUCCAACGCAUCUUCGAAGCUGAUGGCGUGACGGUGACGGGAAACUUCAAUCUGUACAAUAACUACAGUCGAAUUAGGUGCGGGGCAGCGUGUCGCCAGCAGGGGUGCCUAGUGUGGGCAUGGAAUCAGCUGACACUGGUAUGCCAAGUAUAUACAUCCCUCGAACACACAGUCACCCUCACCCCCGCUAUCGAGAGCCUCCAAACGUUCAGCAUUAUCAUGAGAGAUUACUUUCUUCUGAACUGUCCAGAGGAAAAUGCCAUUGACUGGAACCAAGCGAGGGCCCUGUGUGAGAACCAAGGAGCCACCAUGACUCACAUCGCUGAAGAAGAGAAGUUGAAACUCAUCAUGCAAAGAAGCGGAUGCGACCACGUCUGGAUCGGACUGCAGAUGGAUUUCUGGACCGCCGUUUGGUACGACAUGGACAACGGGACCCUAACAAACGCUUACUGGGGCGUUGGGGAACCUGAACCCCUCUAUACGAAGGCUUCGUACAGGAUGCCUACAUACAUGGGCCUUGUUGCAACAUUUGACAUAGCGAGGAACUAUGCUGUCUUGUGCAAAUCGCAUGCUUAGCUUCAUGAUUUCCUCUAAACCGCAAAACGCUAGCUUUCAACAUUACACUUAAAUACUCUAAUAUACGGCCAUAGCAAGCAGCUAUCAACAAGCCAUUAGUUUGAAUCCGCUGAUGUACUGAAACAUAAAUCCACUGUAAUGCAAUUUAGAAUAUCAGGACAAGGCAAGUCUGCAAUUACCCUGGAUCCAUAAUGUGUUAUCGAGUUCUCCUAAAAUGCAGUAAAUGUACCAAGCCACUACAUUGUAGAUAAAGGGAACAAUGUAGCGCAUCAACAAAGGGUUGCCAUAGCAUGAGGAACCAUAACAAUAUAUCUCCAAUUUAUAUAUUCACUUUGUGGUCUUUGAUUUAUUGUUAAGUCUUAGUAGAUUUAACUUUGGCGUCAGUCAAUAAAUUUUAAAUGGGAAGCAAUA